AUGGCCACAGCCUAUCAUAUCAUCACAGGGUGACGAAGAAAUUUGAAGAGAGAAAAAAAAAUCAACAAACUAAGUCCCCAAAUGAAUAGCAUCAUCUCUUGAUUUUUUUUUCUCUCUCCUCUCCUUUAUUUAUUUUUGUUUUCUCCAACUCCUCCUCUUGGAAAACAAUAAUACAGCAACCAAAGCCAUGGCUGCCUGUGGAAGCCUUCACCAUAUCUUUGAAAAUCCAUUACCAGAAACUCCUGCACUUCUUGAAUCCCUUUCUUCUUGGAACCAAAUCAAGCCUGUAAAAUCCAUCGACCAAUCAUCUUUCACUGAAAUAUUUGGUGAGCUUCAUUUCAAAGAAAAUUCUCACUCAUCUUCUUCAUCACCUUCUUUUCCUGUAUCCUCCUUCUCUUCACCCUCUUCGUCUUUCAUAGAUUUAAUCCCACACCCACCAACUUCAAACCUCAACAAGAAUGGUAACUUGGGCAAUGGACAUGAAAGCAAGAAUAGCCCAUCACUCGACUUCUUUUCAACCACAUCAAAGAACCAUCAAUACACUGGAGGGCACAAGAAUGGUGACAUCUUCUCACCAAGGAACUAUGAGAGCUUGCAACUAUGCACUGAAGGACUUGGUUUUGAAAGCUUUGAUGAUGUUGAGGACAUGAAGAAUGAUAUAAAUGGCAAUUGGCAACACCAAGAGGAGAACGUAAACAUUACAAGGCAUUCGACACUGGAGAAUCCAAGUGGAGAAAUCCGGCGACCAAGGCUGAGCGGCAGAGCAUUCCCACCACCAAUUUCAUGUAUAGGAAAAAGUGGAAAACCUUGGGUUUCCUUCAAAUCUUAUAGGCAGGAUGGCAGGUUCGUCCUUAAGCAAGUAAGGAUUCCCAGCCAAGAGUUUUUACAUGCACAAAGAGAAGAUGGACGACUAAAACUGCACUUCGUUCAGCCAAGUGAUGAAAUUUUUGAAGAAGAUGAAGCUGAUGAUGAUAAAGAGAUAGAGGAAGAAGAAAACUGCACAGAAGAUGAGGAACAAGAAGAACUUGAAGAAACAGGCAACAAAUCUGAAGAGGAUGAUGAUGGGUGAAAAGAACACUGGUCUGCAGACUCAAGUCAAGGCAAAUUGUCAUGUUUAGAUUUCAGAGCAUCAAGCAUCUUCACGAAGAAAAGAACAUAAAGCAUCAAGCAUCUUCACGAAGAAAAGAACAUAAUAAGUGGAUUUGACAAUUAAGAGUGCAAAGCAUCGCCCACGUAGUAGACACUUUUUUGUUAACCCACCUAAGAGAUUCACAAAGUUUAAGAUGCUGCAUGCUGUAGAUGAUGAACAGCUGGAGGCAAAAAAGAAAGGGGAUACAUCUGCAUCAUGUCAACUACUAUUAAAGGGGGGGCAACCUCAUGAACUGUCCAAUCCAAGUAUACAAUUCCAGCAAAUUAAAACAGGCCAAUCAAAUUUGUAUCAUAUUCUUGGGUGGCAAUUAUAAUUGCAACUAACAGUAACCUGUGUACUGUGUUCAUAGUAUA